ACAUUUCGGUUUCCUCACCGGCGCCAAGGUCAACGAGCCGCACUACGUCAUCGCUUCCGAAAAUGCCAGGAAGCCAAAACCCACCCCGUCCCCGAUGUCCUGUCGCCUGCUGCCGUUCUCGGGUCACCGGUCCCAAGACGGCUCGUACUUCGCCCUCAGCACCACCAAGAUCUGGACGCUGUCUCCGUCUCCGCCGGACAGCAACCGAAGGGAUGGCAGCGGCAGUAAAGGGGGCGCCGUCUGGCGGGACUCUCCGCUGCCCCAGAAACUCAGCGGCGACGCCUGGCGGGUGGUGUGCGCCAACGACCGCCACGUGUUGCUGCACGACGGUGCGCACGCCUUCUUGCACACGCACCGAGUGUCGGCCUGGAGAAACGUCACGCAGGAACAGAGGCGCGGCGGCCUGCCUGUACCGGCCGCCAUCUGGUGCACACCGGAUGAAAUCCAAUUCCUCAACCUAAAGACCGGCUCCCUCACCAGGUUCACCGUUGACGACCACAUUAACGUCACGGAGUCCACGAGGCUUCCGGUGCUGCCCGCCAGGAAGUCUCACACACACACGUGGUACCACAACGACCAAGUGUACGUCAUCACGGACAGGUACCACAACGGCUCCGCCCUCCAGAACAGCACCACCGUCCUCUGGAAGGCAUCGGGACUUUCGGUGUACAAGAACUGGAAAGUUGCUUCCCAGUGGAAUCAGGGCAAUCCCGAAUACCCGGAGUCUCUAGCAAAGUCGUACUCCUGGACCGGUGGCGAGAACCUCUGGCUGUGGAGGGAGCUAGGGAAGGAGUGCGAGUUGUGGAGGUUCAAUGUGACGUCAGAGACCUGGAGUAUGCUGAGGAAAGUUCACGAUUCAUCGGCACACGGUCGACCCAUACUCGCGUGGUCUCGAAAGGGCGACGACGUCCCGUGUCUCAUGUUUGCCGACACCGCUUGCGACUCCAAGCCCUACACGGACUGCAUAACGCAAGCCGAACUCGCUGGAGGCGAAGCCACCACGACGUCCACUGCUUCUCAAGUCUACACGACAACAGGAGCCUCCUCGUCGGUGACCACGCAACGGACCACGCCAGCCGGACCGACAGCCUCGGGAACGACGCCAACAGUGACGACGUCGCCAACAACCACGACGUGGGAAGUCACAACGACGACGUUUUCAAAGGCUACGACGGUUACCUCGACGUCCUACACCACGUCGCCGUCUCCGACGACGACCGCCGCUGCCUCACCGACUGCCAAGGCGAUUGCUGGUGGAGAUACCACUUACACCGUGGUUGAUUCCGACCAGUCCAAGUGGCACCAGCGAAAUUCGGGCAUCUUCGGAUCGAUCAUCUUCUUCGGCACGUCGAUCACCAUCUUCACCAUCGUCGGGGUCGUCUGGUGCAUCCGACACUGCGUGCAUUUCCCUAAAGAGGCGCUCUUGCUCAGGGACCCGCCUUCAGUGAGAUACACGGCCAUACCCGACACGAUCGCGUGAACGCGUGUUCGGCAAGGUUUAUAGAAUGCUGCAGCCUUCCGUUUAAGCCUAUUGACAAGCUCUCUUGUCAGUAGCAGCGUUCGGUACAGGGUUUUUCCCUGCAUGAAAGGACGAAGAAAAUGACUGUCUCGGCGUCGCCGACCACAGACGAGGACAGUGUGACGGAAGGGAGGGGUCAAACGCCAAGAGAUGGCUUCCGGUUUGACAUUUGACAGAAAGCCGCGUCAUCUACGCGAGGCAAGAUUGUGGCUUGGUGUACGUGUACAAUCUCUGCGUCAUGACAAUGCGAAAAGGACAUGGGCAAGCACUUCACUGCAGCUGCCCAUGAUUCGCAAAAGUGUGAGGCGCAUUCAUGUAUUCGGCCCUAACUUCUACUCUGUGUGUGUUAAUGUUGGCUUAUGUUGUUUCCGUAGAUCUUCUUGUCGCAACCUUAGUAAGCAUUUGCAGAGUUUUCCCAAGUUGAAAAAUAUGCAUGACCCUUUUUUACUCGUGCCCUAAACGUCGUAAAAAAAUCUACAGCACCAAUAGCUCUAUAUUAUUUGUUGUUGUUUUUUUACAUGCCGCUUAGAUUACGUCAAAAUGGUUCUACAUUCACUCUGUCUCGAUCCAACAAAGCGGACUGUAAACUAUAAGUGGUAAUUACGAAAUAAUUUUCUUACUAUACCUACUGUUUUAGAGCGUCCGCUAGUUAUGGCAACGAGGAGCCUAGUUAACGUAAUAUGAACAUAUUUUCCUUCGCCGUAUUUGCCUGCAUUUCCUUAAUUCUGAAACACGUGCUACCUACCCCCUACGUCGUGGCUACGGAGCCUUAAUGAAACUUAAUUUCCGGCCUUCUAUAUGCUGCCACCUUAAUUUCGGCGUUUAUUGCGGUCUUGUAGCAUACUUUUGCUAUUCACUUCUUUCUGAUUCUUAACUACCAAGGAAAAGUUCGUAUUCGGCCGUAUUAAUGGUCAACGCAUAACAUGCUUUAGCUCUGUGACAUCGUGAAUGGAACACAACCGUGCGUCAAAUUUCACUUGAAGAAAGGAAGCACUUCGCUUUUGGAUCGAUUUGCAAGCUUGCUGGUAAGAAAGAAAAGAAAGGAAAAUGAUCACUUAUUUAAGAGCGGAGAGGUUUACUGGUACAACAGUGUUUGCCUACGUUAUACUAUUCAAAGAAGAAACUUACUGCGUGUAUUUAGCAAUGUUUUGUGUAGCUGCAUCUGGCCGAGUUUGUGCACCGUCUACGGAGACUGCAGAGUUCACUUCAGCUAAGGGGUGUCUAAAGUUUGAGCACUCUUUUCAUAUUCAUAUAUUGAAAUAUAGCAAUGUUUCAGAUAGAACUCUUGCGCGCACUGAUAGAUAAAAUCAUCCCCAGAAGGUAAUAACUAUUCCAAGAGAAACUCUCAGAGAAAUAGCCGAUGUCAAGCCAAUAACACGGUGACAAUGUGGCAAGAAACUAUCCGUGUCCAAACACAUCGUGCUUCCAGACCCAAACAAGCACAGUUUUAGCUCCGAUAAUACUCUAAAUGUGAUCGUUUCGUACAUAUCAAUGCGCUCGCGUUUUGCAACGAGACAUCUAGGACUCGCGAAGACCUUACUGGCUUCCAUGUUUUCAUAUCACGUGACACAGAUCAUGUGAACUCUUGAAAAAUCGAACGUACUCAAGAGGUGUAAAGUCACCAACAAAACGGAGUAUUUUACGUACCGCACGCAUACUCCCACGUGAAGGAGUUUUUCCAGCACUCCAAGAACGUAGAGAUUGGGCAGAUGAUCCCAUGACACACUUACACAAGCUCAAGCUACCGGCCAAAUCGAGUUAAACAGCAUUAGACGAACACGUGUUGCACUGACGAGAUCCCGUUAGUGCGAAUCGCUAUGUAACGCCGGAGUAGACAUAUCGAGCAACACAGUUCUUUCAUAACCAGACGCAGUCAAUCGCAUCACGCAUCGCCAACGAAAGAAAAGAUGCUAGGAGGAUAAUCAAAUUUAGAUAUUCGCUGCUCUUCUUCUUCGUGUACAUAGCAGUUCACAAUUUCGUCGUGAAACAUAUCGUAAGCUGUUUCUUUGCUUGAUCCAUCCUAUUCUUUCUUCGUCCUUUGCAUACUAACUUGUUACAUAAAAUUUAUUAUUGUUGCAAGGAGUGCCAUGAAAUGAUUGCAGACUCUUCUUCAAAGCAGUGCAAUGCUGUAAUCAAUAUUUGCCGCUGCAAUCACGAAAAUAUCCGUAAUUCAAAUGCUGUACCAUCGCGCAUGUUGUAAGCCUUCUUCUUUGCGCAUUAAAACCAGGAUUCCCGGGAGUUCGAUUCACCUGGGGCUGACGAAAAGAUUUUCCAGUAUUGUAGAAUACCCCUUUUGAUUUACAAGGCCUGUUUUCCGGCUGUACAUAUCAACGACGACCAUGUCUUUUGAGUGUGGUUUCGUGUGAAAGUGCCAUAUAUUAUAUGCUGCCAAGCCAGCGUAAGCUGUUAUCGUUCUGCCACAGCGCAUCUUUAUAAAUGUUAGCAAGGCCGUUUGGCGAAUCCCACUGUGUUGGUGUUAAUGAUUUCGCGUAGAGCCAAAACCCCACUGCGACCACCAUACAUAGAACCCUCGAGAUUAUAGCCUUAGAAGACUCAUUCUUGGUGCUUCUAAAGAUUCUUACCACAUUUUUCUUUUUCUAUUCUAAAAGCCGCACUGUAAACAUCCAUCGAUUAUAAUAUGAGGCAGAUAAUCCUGUUGCUAUUCUGGGUAUUGUCAAAUUCCGCCAUGUUGUCAAAUCCGCCAUCGGUGAAUUCCGAUUGGCCAAGGAGGCUGCUACGGCCUCUCUGAUUGGCUUAAAAUGCCAGUAUUGCGAAAUUUGACAACAUGACGGAAUUUGACAGUGUCCAGAAUUGCUCCCCUGGAAUCACUUCUAAACCAUAAGCACCACUAGAUCUAUUUCUUUCAUGCUCUAGUUGGAAAAAGUCUGCUUAUGUAUUGAGAAGCGUGCGAACUUGAGCUUGUUGGUACAUUCAUAGUAAAAAACAGCGCGAAAACACAAGGACGAGACAGCGCUGGUCCCGCUGUCUCUCGUCCUUGUGUUUUCGCGCUGUUUUUUACAUGACUGCUUAUGUAUGUUCUGUCGACAGGAACAUCUUGUCUUUUACGUGCACAGUGCGAAGAGUCCACGAAAUAACUUGGUAAGCAAAUGAAAUUUUUAUCGAGAAGCGAGUCAGAUGCCGAUAACCGCGGUAGAUGUAACUAGCAGAAACACAUCUUAUAUGUUGUAAUGGAGAUCCAGGUCGAUGCUUUCCAAAUGCUUGGAAAACAUCGACCUUCCACGAAAAAUUCGGGUUCAAAUCCCCAUGAGCACAUACGACCCCACGAUUGGGGUUUAGGCCCCUACAGUGGUUGUCCAAAACAUUUGGCAUAAUGUUUUCAAUAUCACACGGACACCUUAAAGUCCUUACAAAUUUGCUCCAGAUUGUCAGGAUUAUACGUAAUCAGCUUAUAAUGCCGCGUUGUUAUUACGUGAACGUCAUGAAAAUCACGCGCUUGUCAAUGUGACAUAUUAAUAUAAUUUCAUUGACAGAAAAGAGUUAGCGCGAAAUGUUAAUAAGGUUAAGUUUAUACGUGGUAGAUGAAUACUGUUAUUACGGAAAUAAACUAAUUGCCAAAUGGCGUGAAUUCUUUUUUGCGCACAUCAGACUAACAACAGCGAGCGAAGCUGUUUGUCUGUUCUCUUAACUAUACGAAAGUACGGAUGCAUAGAACCGUAACUACACUGUAUUUCAUCCGUUUUUUGCACGUAUCUAGUUGCUGUGGUGAGUUCAGAACGGAACAACGUGUCACCAAUUCAAGUGACUUUCAUAGUACAGAUAUUUCGACACGAAAAACUCGCAGCCGAAACAUUUUCUUACGAAUUUUAAUAUAUCACGCUUCAUUCGCGAUAACGGUGACUUGUGAGUUGACAGUGUCAAGGUGACGUGAAAGAUAAAAUCGUUGCAGGUUGAUGAAACGGUGGCAAGAGAGAUGGCAUGGUUGUUUCCAUCGUGAAACCGCUGUGACGUAAACGGUGACAUCGUGGUUUUCGUUGUGAUGAGCACAGCGUCACAUCUUGUGUAGCGGCUGUGCCGUGACGUGUCGCGAUUUUCCCCGCAGUGCCAACAUACCGAUCGGGUGUUCAUCUUUCUGCGUUUGGUCGUAUACAUGCUGUUUUUGCCUGCCCAAGAAAACUGCGGUGUUUGUUCAUUUUUUAUGUAUAUAAAUGUAUUUAUCCUGUC